UUAAGAUUUUCUUUCAUUUAAAAUGGAGAUGGCAUACAUCUACGUGACUAAGCUUGAUCGCCAAAAAGUCUUGCUUCAGUUACCACCGGAAUCUACUAUUGGGAUGGUCAAAGCCAAGCUUGAGGCUGAGCACGGCCAGAGCACUGGGAGGUACAUGCUGCUGUAUAGAGGGAAGAUGCUCAAUGACUCUUUUGAGCUAAGCGAGCUGCAAGGAGACAAUUUCCCUAAUCUGGUAAUGAGCGUACUACAAAAUAAGGAAGAUCAGAAAGAGAGCGAUAUUAAACCUAAAGACCAACAGACUUCGAAACUUGAGUCUUCUAAGCAGAACAUUGACACCUCAAGUGAUGAUGAGCCCCCUAAAAUAAUUUUAGACAAAGAAAAAGUUGUCAAAGCUCUUCAGCAGUGAAAAAUUCCCUCCGAGUUGGUUUCAUGCCAGGAAGAUAUGAAGGCACAAAUCCUCGAUCAAUUGACUUCUGAACAAAAGGAAAGGUAUGAGGAAAUCAUGGAUUGGCACAAAAGAAGAGGAAAAGACGUAAUGCUUAUAAAAUGCCCUUUCUGUGCCAAAAUAGGAGAAAAGCAGGGAAGAAUCUUCUUCUGAAAAAGACUUGAAUGAGCCAAGAUUAGUCGAACAAUGCCCAAGAAGGAAAUAAAGCCAACUGAUAGAAUGUUGAUAAAGGAGUUAGCUAGUGCCAAAGAAGAUCAUGCGCAUGAAAUAAAAUUAGAUGAAGAUAGUGAUGUAUCAUCCGACAUAGAAUCAAUAGUAUCAUCCUCAGAAGAUCUAGGAUGUAUGGAAAAGGAAGAAAAGCAUCAACCUCUUCUCAUAAGCUCUGAAACAAAUUUUACCAGGAUCAAGGUAGAUCCUCUGAGACAAGGCACAAUGACCAGACCAGAUCCUUGCCCUCUAUAUUUUGGAGAGACUGCUAUAUUUGAUUUUUCAGGGAUAGAAUCCUGGAUAGACUCAUUUACCAAAAUAGACCCUGUUGUUUUAUCAACUCCCUUUGUUAAUUUAUUCCAGUCGAUCAAGUCAAGGUUGCCUGCUUCGCUGAGUUUAUCCAGAGGAGAGAAAUAGC